GUAAUUUCGUUGUUCGAAGCGUUGAGUUAAGAGUUGUAGAUUACCAUUUUAGUUGAUUUGUUAUGCUUUUAACCAGUUAUAGUUCAUUUCGUCAAAAUGUCUAAUAAAGCACCAUGCUACAAGUUGGAAAAACAAAAUGUUGAUUUUGGCGAUCGUAUUGACUCUGGUUUCGACUCAAUUACCUCAAGAGAAGAAGAAAGAUUUGACAGCGGAAAUGUUUCCUACACUUUACCAACCACUACAACACAUCUACCGACAUCAAAACCAAGCAAUGAUAAAGAAUUAGUGGAUAACAUAAGACCAAUGGCCAAGGAGAUGUACGCAACAGAAGAGUAUGUGGAUUCGGGAUUUGGAAGUGCGAGUAUGACGGACGAAGAACGAGAAAAGUUUAUCAUCACCUUACGAAACCCAGAGCAAAAACCUAAAGAUGUACUGGAUGAAAUGAGUGAGAGCUUGCAUUGCUUUUUACCUGAUGAAGAUGGAGAUACAUUCCUACAAAUGGCGAUUAUUCAUGAGAAAAUAGAUCUUGCUUUUGAUGUCAUUCAAUCCUGUACUAGACCUGCUCUUCUUAAUGUGGAAAACAGCAACAUGCAGACGGCACUGCACUUGGCAGUGCUAACAGACCAACCAGAAAUCACAAGAUGCCUUGUUGCUUAUGGUGCAAAUGUCAGUUGUGUUGACAAAAAGGGAAACACUCCACUACACAUUGCUUCAGAAAUGGGUUUCCCACUACAAGUAGAAAUGUUGACAACUCCUCUGGACCCACUGGAAGACCCUGGAUUACAAACCAAUAGCAUUCCAGAGAAUGUUGACGUUCUUAACUAUUCUGGAUUGGCUGCAAUACACCUGGCAGCAAGGAACAACAGAGAAAGUGUCAUUAGGAAACUAGUGAAAGUUCCAGGAUGCAACAUCAACAUUGAAGACUCAAAGUCCGGAAGAACAGCGCUCCACCACGCCAUCGAGUGUCGAAGCAAGGAUGCUAUGAAGAUUCUUCUGAAACGAGGAAUACAAGUGAAUGCUCUCAGCUUCGAUGAUUGCUCCGCUCUACACAUGGCUGUUUCAAAAGGAAUGAGGUCUGAGGUUAACACCCUGAUUCACCACAAAGCAGACAUGCAUUUGGUUACAAGAGACGACAAUGACGUGUUUGAUCUGGCAGGACGAAACCACCAAAUGUUGCGGCAGCUUUAUACACACCAAAAACUAAAGCACUAAAAACUGUGCCUACAACUGUCUACAGAGGGUAAAAAAAUGUACUUGUAUAUAACUCAUCUUUUUUCUCUUUAAAUAUGUUCAUUUCUUUCUUGGUUUUAAUUUGGCCAUUCCAAAAGUGAAGCAUACAAAUUGUGGCCAGAUACACAGCAAGAACUGUUAUCUAAGUUCAUCUAACCAUGCUUUCUAACAACUAAAUCUUGUUUUAAUAUUGCUGCGUUUGUAUUGUUUGCAUGUAAAAAAUGCAGGCCAGUUUUUCUACCUUUUGCUUUGUUGUUUCACUAGUAUGGAUAAGAGCUAAAUUAUUGUUAAAACAUUGCUUAUACAUAGAUUUUAUUGUUCUUACUCAUGAUACAACAAGACCUUGAACAAUCUGUAGUAGGGCAUUAGAUGUACCAUUUAUUAGACUCUGAAGUUCCAUUGUGAAAUACAUUUGCAGUUUAUUCAAAUAUUUGCUUUACAUUUUACAGUUAACUAUAUGAAAUGUGAAUUUACUGAACUUUUAACUUAAAUAUUUCGUGGUUAAAUAAAAUUUAUGCUGAAAAGUUCUUCUUUGUAUAUUAAUUGUAUAUCUUCGCAUUUCA